UGCAUUUGUUUCGUCCAAAGCUAGCGGACUACACCAACAUCGCAGACUAUUUACAUAGCUUUAUGCAUUUUAAAAUAAUAAGCGAAUAGGUUUUAGAUAGUACAUAUCAAAGCAAAAUGGAAAUCAGCAUCAAAUGGAACAUGUGUCGCACCUGCACAUGUCGCCGUACCUCCGACUUGCAGCCCUUAUUUAAUGAUGAAAAAAUAGCCCAAAAAUUGCGGGAAUACGCUGGAGUUAUUGUUGAGAAAAAUGAUGGAUUGCCUGAUAAGAUAUGCGCGGUUUGCAUCAACGCCCUACAAGUUACGCACCAAUUUCUGAGCAAAUGCAAAAAAAGUGAUGAACAUCUGAAAACUGUGGUUAAUCAUGCCAUGUCCACAAGGAAUUGCUUCUCCAUAUUGACUUCCCCGGACUUUGAAGAUGACGAAGGGGAAGUGUACGAUGCGGCUGUAGGCAAAUCUGCAACACGUACGCGCAAGCAAGCUCUGUCCGAUAGGCAAGUUGAUGUGAAAUACAGACGAAUUAAAAUAAUGCCGCGGUCGGAGUCUAUUAUCGCAAAGAAUGAACCAAAAGAGGAAGUUGUUCUGGACCAAGUGGUGGUUGAAGAAACCAAUGUUACCGAUUUAGUAGAUGCAACAAGUGCUGCGGAAAGUGGCCAUAGUAAACCAGGGAGCGAAACCGAUGCUGAUGCCGACACCGACGCUUCAGAAAUCAUAACAAUUGAGCGCUAUUCAAGUUUAUCUGAGACUUUAAAGAAAGAAUCGAAACAGAAAGCAAAUAACUCUGAUGACUAUAUAAUUUAUGUGAACGAAGGGGCUGAGAAAAACGUUUAUACCUCAGCCAGUGAUGAAAAUUCGGAUAAUGACCAUACAAUGGCUGAUGUUGACGUUGUCAACGAGAACAGCAGCUGUAAAUUUGAAGAGAAUAAUGCAACCACUAAGAAUGAUGACAAUGCCUAUAUACUAAAUGCUGCCCAAAGUGCCGAAGAAAUUAUUGAAGAGGAUGAUGAUGAGCUCAUAUACGAAUCUGGUACGAAUUCAGAGACACAUAUGGUAGACCUUGGAGGAGCAUGUAAACCGGCUAGAUUUAGCUGCCCUGUCUGUGCAAAUACUUUUCCCAAGCAAUCACAGCUCCAAUAUCAUCUGCGUUUGCAUAGCAAUGAGAAGAACCACGAAUGCGAAUUAUGUGGCAAACGCUUUACUGCCACCUGUAAUCUCACAACUCACAUGCGCACACAUACGGGCGAAAAACCAUAUGAAUGUGGCUUUUGUCACCGUCGAUUUUCAGAUCGGAGCACAGUUCGAAAACAUGAGCGCAUACACACAAAUGAGCGCCCCUUCAAGUGCGGUAUCUGCCAUAAAGCUUUCUCGCUAGCUAGUACUCUGAAGGCGCACGAGGCCGUACACUCUAAUGCAAAACCCUAUAGAUGCGUGACCUGCAACAAGGGCUUCAAGCUGCCCCAUCAGCUAAAAGCCCACGAAAAUACGCACGUCCACCGCUGCGAGGCUGGCAUGAAGUACAGAUAGAGACUCCCAAAUGGACUCGUAUUUUAUUGAUGUAUAUUAAGAUUUAGCAAAU